AUGUCUAGCCGGCAGCAGCAGAAGCACCCAGUCCGCUGUAGUGUUUCCAAGAUGCGAGUUUCCCACCUGGUCGGCCUCGUGGCUUCUGCCGCCGCCGUCACUAUCAAGGUCUCACCGGACAAUGGCAAGAAGGCUUCUCCACUGGCCUAUGGCUUAAUGUUUGAGGAUAUCAACCACAGUGGCGAUGGUGGCAUCUACGCCGAACUGAUCCAAAAUCGAGCAUUUCAGGGAGACCAGUUCACUCCCGCUACCCUAAGCCCAUGGGAGAAGCAGGGUUCUGUGGCCGGCAUCCAGCUGACCAAGGACACCCCCAAGCCCGUGUCGCCAUCGCUGCCCUACUCGGUCUCAGUCCGCGCCACCGUCGACGGCCUCGACGAGGAGGUGGGCAUCUCGAACCCAGGCUACUGGGGAAUUGACGUCCUGCCCCAGACGUACACGGGUAGCUUCUGGGUCAUGGGUGACUACAAAGGAAACUUUACAGCGGCCUUCCGCGACGCGGCAAACGUCAACCCCGUCUAUGCUAGCACCAAGAUCCAGUCGAGAUCUGUCGAUGGCGAGUGGACCAAGCACGAGUUCACCAUCACGCCUGAUGCAGCCCACGGCCACAAGUGCAGGUUUGCUCUGACGUUUGUGCCCGAGAAGCCUGGCCAGACGCUCUACUUCAACCUGAUCAGCCUGUUCCCUCCAACCUACAAGGACCGCAAGAAUGGAAUGCGCAAGGAUCUCAUGAAGGCCAUUGAGGAUCUUAACCCGAGCUUCCUCAGGUUCCCUGGAGGCAACAACCUACAAGGUCAUUGGGAGGGUUCCAGGUGGCGCUGGAACGAGACCCUGGGUGAUUUAGAGAAUCGGCCAGGUAGAACUGGUGCUUGGACUUACUUUAACACCGAUGGUCUUGGUCUCAUUGAGUAUAUGCUGUGGUGUGAUGACAUGAAGCUCGAGCCAAUCCUUAUUGUCUGGGCCGGCCUGUACCUCAAGGGCAUUGUGACCCCCGAGGAGGAGCUCGAGAUUUUUAUCCAGGACGCGCUCAACCAGAUCGAGUUUCUCACUGGGGAUGCCAGCACCGAGUACGGGGCCAAACGGGCGGCGCUGGGCUACCCUGAACCUUGGAAAAUCAGCUUUGUCGGCAUCGGCAACGAGGACCAAUUCUCUGCCGGUAUGGACUCGUACAACAAAUAUCGCUUCCGCAUGUUCUAUGAUGCCUUGCGCAAGGCAUAUCCGGCAAUGACUCUACUUGCCUCGACUGUGGAGAUAGCCGAUCCGAUCCCUGAUGACGUUGUUCUGGACUAUCAUGACUAUGGAAACCCAAACGGUGCCGUGCGCAACUUCACCCUCUGGGACGACGAAGGCACCUCGCGCAACCACAAGGUCCUGGUAGGCGAGUACGGCGUCGCGCGCGCCAACGGCAACGAGGUGUUAUGGAAAGAUCAUCUCGCACGGCCGUGGUGGAUCGCGUCGGUUGCCGAGGCCGUCUUUUGGAUCGGCAACGAGCGCCACCCGGACAAGAUCUACGGCAGCGCCUUUGCGCCGCUGCUGCAGCACGUCGACCAGUACCAGUGGAGCCCGAACCUGAUCAGCUUCAACGCCAACACGUCUGCCACCACGCUGUCGACGAGCUACCACGUCAUCAAGCUCUUCAGCAACGCGCGCUUCACCGAGGUCCUGCCCGUCGACAACAGCGCCGAGUACAACCCGGCCUUUUGGGUCGCCGGGAAGAACGCCGACGCCGACAAGUUUUUGUGGAAGGCUGCCGUGUAUAAUGUUACCGGCGACGACGAGGAGGUCGACUUUGACGUCGUCUUCCCCGGCGCCGUCGAGGGCAGCAGCGCCAAGCUCACCGUGCUCACCUCUUCGGACCCGCUAAAUGAGAAUGUGCUGGGUGAGGCUGAUGUUGUUGUGACCGAGACGAGAAACGUCACGGCUGGGCAGGAUGGGUUUACGUUCAAGCUGCCUCAGUGGUCUGUUGCGCUGCUCGAUUGGUCCGUUGGUGCUUGA